CUCUCAUAUAACCAGUCUGUCUGACUCUCCUCUCAAAGAGCUUUACAGUCUUUCUAACGUCCGCUUGCCAGAGAGUUUGGAUAAAUGGGUCCCUUCUUCAUUAUGCUUUUCUCUUUGUGUGGAGUCCUGCAGGCACAAGAGACCAAAGCUCUGAUCUCACUGGACAACUGCUGUAAAGAUGGCAAGCAGAGAGGCCUAGAGUCGCAGGACUGCACGAGUCUUCCGCUCAUAUCAGAAUCCACAACCUGCAGGAUAGCCCAAGAACAGUGUUGUGCUGCAGUACUUGAAGACAACACCUGUACCAAUGGCAUCAAUAUGGCGAAAGACCAGGGAAGCUGCCACGCCCUCUUGUCUGGCAGUACAUGCGAAACGAAGACGGCUAAGAUGUGCUGCGAGUGUUGUUUGCUUGGCAGGGCGGCCCAGGAACAGGAUUUGUCAUGUGACCUCAGCCUCCCUGUGGGGUACCAGUGUGGUCUGGUGUCCCGGAGGUGCUGCUUGGACCGCUCACCGGACAGUGAUGCAAAAUAUACAGAGGUUGUAGAUAAAACUUCCCAGGGUGCAAUACCGAGUGCAGGGGACCAGUGCAAAGCUGCCAAUUGUGCUCAUAGUUGUGUUGGCAACGGGACAUGUGUUUGUUUUGAGGGAUACAAGUUCAAAGCAGAUGGAAAAACCUGUGAAGACAUUAACGAGUGUUUGUUGGGGUCUCAUCACUGUCGUACUGGUGAGCGUUGUAUCAACACAAUGGGCUCUUAUCGCUGUCAGAGAGAGGUCAGCUGUGGCACGGGUUACGAACUCACCGAAAACAACAAGUGUGAAGAUAUUGAUGAAUGUGAGACGGGCACACACAACUGCGCACCUGAACUCCAGUGCCAGAAUACGGUCGGGUCGUUCCGUUGCCGACCAAAAGUGCAGUGUGGCGCGGGAUUCAUACAGGAUGCUCUUGGGAGCUGCAUCGAUAUAAACGAGUGUUUAAGUGUAACUGGACCAUGUCAACCAGGUCAGAUGUGUUUUAAUACAGUCGGCUCUUACACAUGCCAGAGAAACACGGUUAACUGCGGCCGUGGAUACCACCUGAAUGCCGAGGGAACUCGCUGCAUAGAUAUUGACGAGUGUGCGGGGCCUGAUAACACCUGCGAUGGUCACGGCUGUAUUAAUAUGAUGGGCUCGUACCGCUGCGAGUGUCGAUCCGGUUACAUGUUCAACAGCAUCAACAGACUUUGCGAAGACAUCAAUGAAUGCAGGAAUUAUCCUGGACGUCUGUGUGCUCAUAAAUGCGAGAAUGUCCUGGGGUCCUACCAAUGCAGCUGUUCUACUGGCUUUAAGCUGGCCAACGAUGGGAGAAACUGUAAUGAUCUCAACGAAUGUGAGACGAAGCCCUGCAGUCAGGAGUGUGCAAAUGUGUAUGGAUCCUACCAGUGUUACUGUCGCCGCGGUUACCAGCUGAGUGAUGUGGACGGAAUCACUUGUGAGGACAUUGAUGAGUGUGCUCUGCCGACUGGUGGACACAUCUGCUUGUACCGAUGUCAUAACACGCUGGGAAGCUUCCACUGCACGUGUCCGGUGACAGGAUACAGGCUUGCCCCCAACGGACGCAGCUGCCAGGAUAUCGAUGAGUGUGUAACCGGCACUCACACCUGUACGGAGUCUGAGAGCUGUUUCAACAUUCAGGGUGGAUUCAAGUGCCUGACAUUUGACUGCCCGGCCAACUACACACGCUCUGAAGAAACCAGGCCAAGGGUCAACCGUGCGGAUAUUAUCCGAUGUGUGAAGUCCUGCCAACCCAACGACAUUUCUUGCGUACUCAAUCCCGUCCUCUCCGUCUCCCACACGGCCAUCUCACUCACCACCUUCAGAGAAUUCACCAAACCAGAAGAAAUCGUAUUCCUGAGAUCCCCUACUCCUUCACACAGUCUUCAUAUGGAUUCCCCGGAGAUCAUCUUUGACAUUCUAGAAGGAAAUGUCCAGAACUCCUUCGACAUCAUCAAGCGACUCGAUCAUGGUAUGGUCGUGGGUGUGGUGAGACAGGUGAAGCUGCUGGCUGGCCCUUUCAGCACCAUACUGAAGUUGGCCAUAAACUACGUCACAAACGGGGUCGUUUCUCACCGGAACAUCAUCAACGUUCACAUCUAUGUGUCUGAAUUCUGGUUUUAAAAAUGUCCUCCACAGACUUUUUGUUCUUAUAUAUUACGUGUCCAUUUAUGAGUGUCAAUUCACCUUUGAGUUCCCAAAACACGUCUAGCAUUGUUUUGAAAGAUUGCAAUGUAAAAGAAAACUGAUAUCCUUUACAGCCUGACAUACAAUUGCAUUUCAUGCCAAUUUAGACAAACUACAGUGGCAAGAAAAAGUAUGUGAACCCUCUGUGAAUCUGCAUUAAUUGCUCUUAAAAUGUGACCUCAUCUUCUUUAACGUCACAGUCCUUUUUCCACAGCACUGUGAAUGUUUAAUGGGAUGUGUUCAGUAAAGACAUAUAAUUGUUUGUGUGUUGUUAUCUUAAGCAUAUUUUGUUUGUCUAUACUUGUGACUUUGAUAAAGAUGAGAUCACAUUUUAUGACCAAUUAAUGCAGAAAACCAGCUUCCAAAGGGUUCACAUACUUUUUCUUGCCACUGUAAUUGACACUUAAACGAAUAGUUCACCCAGAAAUGAAAAUGUAGCUUUCAUUUACUCACCAUGCUGUUCCAAAUCCGUAAACUAUGCCUUUAAUGUGAUUAAUUGUGUGUGAUAGUAUUUAAAUAUAAACACCUAAAAUGAAUGAUUUCUAUCUUUUAACCAACCACACAAGAUUUACAAGAAGAAUACGACAAUAGGAUAUUAAAUAACACUGCAUGCUGGGACUGAUGCCCUGCUUUAGACGCCACCAUGUUUAAAUCAGUGGGAAGACAUAAUUUGCUGCUCUAAUGCUUUUUAUUGUAGAAUGAAAAAGCAUGUAUGUUUUCUUAUUUUCUGCUGGUUUCCUCUUCAGCUGCUUUGGGAGAUAGACUGAAGGCGUUUCUAUGAGUUGAUGUGAGCUCAUCUUUUAUAGAGCUGAAGAAAUGAAUAUGCAGUUGAUGACUAGACACUGAUUGUAUGCUUGUACACACUAUUCAUUCCAUACUGUAUUUUAUGCAUCACAGACUGUGUAAUUAAAUGUUUUUUAUUUUUA